UUGGCAUACAUUGAACUCACGAUGUCAUUUAGCGGAGCUGGCGGGGUUCCUGGUAGUUUGAAGAAGAUUCCUCCUGAACGCGGCAGUUUUCCCUUGGAUCACUAUGGGGAAUGCAAGGAAGUGAUGCAACGCUAUUUGGCUUGCCUUAAAGCAAAUAAGACUGAACAACAAAAAUGUCGGCCAUUGGCAAAAGAGUAUCUUCAAUGUCGUAUGGACCGUGAGCUAUUUGGAAAAGACGACAUGAAGAAUCUAGGUUUUAAGGAUGAGACAGAGGAGACAAAAACUCCCUCACAACCAAACGACACGAAUACCCAAGAGCAACAACAGAAGAAUGAUGACCAUAAGUCAAAUGAAACAAGUUCAUAAAGUGCCGUAGUGGACAUGGUUUAACGAAUUACUAGUUUAGCUUUUCAUUUUCUCUCAGUAAAUUACAUAUCAUUUUUACGCGUAUGACAGACAUGCCUUUUCAGUUACGACACUCUGCUUCAUCAUUAAAUAGCCUACCUGCAUUGCCAUUGCAUACUGUAAAACACGUUUAUAU